AUGCGGCGCGCGGUCGCAGCGCUCCCGCUCGCCGGCUCCGCCGCGGCCGCGCGGUCGCAGCAGCAGCCGCGCCACCAAGACGACGAGUUCCGCGUGCUCGUCGUCGGCGCCGGGCUGGGCGGCUGCGUCUGCGCGUCGGAGCUGCGCAAGCGCUUCGAGGACGGCGGCCCGACGCUGCGCCUGAGCGUCUGGGAGCGCGCGACCUACUGCGCGGGGCGAUUCGGCGCGCGCGCGGUCCACGGCGGCCGCGCCGUCGACCUCGGGAGCCAGGUGCUCUCGGUCGUCGACCCGAGCGACGCGCGCGCCGCGCCGGGCCACGGCGUGAGCGCCGAGGCCUCCAUCGCCGCGUUCGCUGAGGCGUCCCGGCUCGCGCGCGCCGGGCUCCUCGUCCCCGCGGACGACGGCGCGCUCGCCGGGACCGAGGAGCGGCUCAACUGGCCGGGCCUCUGGCGCCACUACCGCGCCGCGACGUCGCUCUCCGACGUCCUCGAAGACGUGCUCGCGCGCGCGCGGCCCGCGGACGUGCGCUUCGGCCGCCGCGUCGACGCCGUCGCGGUGUCGGACCGCGGCAUCGUCGUCUCGGCGACGCAGCGGCCGGCGGGCGAGCGCGUCGCGGAGACCUUCGACGCCGUCGUGGUCGCCGUCGCGGCGCCGGACGCGCUGGCCAUCGGCGGCGCGGCCGGCGGCCUGCCCGCGGGGGCCGUCGUCGCGGGCGUCGCCUACGACGCGCGGACGGCGGCGGCCUUCUUCUUCGACGACGCCGGCGGCGCGCUGUGUGCAAAUCAACCACUGGUUUGGGGGGUCCCCACCAAACUUCAGAACUCUCUAGCUCCGUCAAAUCGACGUCGAUUCGUCUGA